CUGUAAAAGCACAUAUACAGAAAGAGAAAAACAAUACAUAUAUAACUGCUUCCUUUUUUGUUGUUGGUUAGGCAAAAAGUGAAACUGCGUUUUUUAUUAAACUAUAUAAAUUUAACAAUCAUGAAGUUCCAAUAUAAGGAGGAUCACGCCUUUGAGAAGCGACGUGCUGAGGGCGAUAAAAUCCGUCGUAAAUACCCCGAUCGUGUGCCCGUGAUAGUCGAGAAGGCACCGAAGGCGCGCAUUGGUGAUUUGGAUAAGAAAAAAUAUUUGGUGCCAUCGGAUUUGACCGUAGGACAGUUUUACUUUCUCAUACGCAAACGUAUAUACCUGCGUCCCGAGGAUGCACUCUUCUUCUUCGUAAAUAAUGUCAUUCCACCAACAUCGGCAACCAUGGGAUCCUUGUAUCAGGAACACCACGAAGAGGACUACUUCCUUUAUAUAGCCUAUUCUGAUGAGAAUGUUUAUGGCGCGGAUCAAUAAACCGACGGCUGCGCUAUAGUUGUGGCAAGCGUUCUAAUGAUCUAUAUAUAUAUAUAUAUAUAUGUAUAUAUAUAUUGAUGGAAUGCAGCUUUCAAAACGAUGCGAAAAAGUAUAUACAAACAAACUUGCAAGCUGGUCUAAAACGGGAAAAGUCAAAAACUAAUUUUCAAAAACCAUAAAAAAACAAGAAAAUCUUUUAAAAUUAUCUAAAAAAAGCGAUAUAUAUUACUAUGUUUACUUACCAAACACCAAAACCAGAAAACGCAGGAAAAACACGAUUAUUUAUAUCUAUUUAGUUAUGUAUUUACAAUUAAAAUGCAAACAAAAAAUUGUGUUAUGUGAAAGAUAAUUUUAUAUAUAGAUAUAAAAAAACAUGUUUUUGGCCAAUAUUUUAUUUACGCUCUCGGCUUCGCCUUGCAAUAUUGUUUGAUUUGACUUUGCCUUUUUUUUAAAUAAAACAAAUUUUGUGCAUA